CGAGCCCAAUCAUCCUCCGCUUUUGCCGGCGCGAUACCAUAAACCAAGAGAGAGCCCUGGUACUCGGCGCCGAUGAAGCACGCCGUCGCCCGAUAACCCCGAAACCACCCCUUUCCUCUCGUCCAUCGCGACAAACACCAGCCGACUCCUUCGCGACCAGGAAAUUACAUCAAGGAUGCAAGACAUCAUCUCCUGCCCCUAGCCUGUAGCCUGUCACUAUUGCUUGCCAUUGAGGCGUCGAGCACAUCAUGAGAAUCGCCAUCCGCGAGCAGCUCGCGGCGCUCGUGAUCCUCACCGUCCUCCUUGGCAUCGCCGUCGUGUCCAUUCCGACUUGGAUAUAUGUCCACAACUUUGUCGUCAAUGUCGAAUCCGAUGGCCUCACCCUCACAGCUUCUCUCAAAGCCUCUAGAGUAUCUUCAGAGAUCGACCUACUCCUCACCAUUUGCCAAAAUAUCGCCACUCGCAUCUUGCUACAAGAUGCGUUUGAGGACUUUUACCAAAAUCCGAACCAAUCCAUAAACACGGCAUUCGAUAGAGCAAGACUAGACCUUAUUAGUGCUAUGAGCAGAGGCAGCUCCACUGUUCUUCUCCAAGCCCAACUCUACUCUCGCAAUACCACCGGUCCUGCCACGGGCUUACUCGGUGUCACCGGCAACAGCACAAACACCACCCACACCAACGACACUUAUAAGACCCCAGAGGGCGCGACAGUCGACCUCGGCCAGUACCAGCCGCCUCCUUUAUACCCCAAUAUCACUUACAUCGACCUUGGCCAUCCAAACAGGUUCGAAAACACCACGCAGGCCUACAACGCGACUGUCUUCCCAAACGUCACGCUUCAGGACAACGGCGGACUAGUCCUGGGCCCCCUAUUCGUUAAUGAAUCGUUUGCCCUCAUUUCUUUAACCAUCCCCAUAAAAUGGAAUAAGAACAAGAACUUCACCUUGGGCUAUAUGACUCUUGUUGCUGAUGCGCAAUCUCUUAUCGACGUGCAGUCUUCUCGGGAGGGCCUUGGCAACACCGGUAUGACUCUGAUCAUUGGCCCCAAUAGUCCGACAAAUCGCUUCAAUACGACCUCGAAUCAAACCACCAUUAGCCCAAAUAAUAAGACAUCGGCACCAGUCUCGCCAGCGUCGUCCGCGGCCGGUGAAGGUCGCACGACUCCAAAAGCAACGGCCAGACUGGCGUCCUUGGUCCAUUUUGUACUCGCUCCAAUCACACCUGAUAAUAUUGCAGACCGUCAUCAGGAUCGAUCUUUUGCUACUCUAGACUACUCAAAUACGUUUACCGUCUCCAUGUAUCCAGCCCUCGAACGCGCUUAUAUCAACCCGUCAGACGAGCCGAACCAGGCUACCUCAAUAUUAUCUACAACAAACGAACAGGGUGUACGUGUUGCUGUCGGAGUGGCCAAGACGCAAUCUGUGUUAGUUGACUGGGCUAUCAUUGUCGAGAAGGCAGAGGACGAAGCCUACGAGCCGAUCUAUAUGCUGCGCAAUAUCUUGUUGGCGUGUGCGUUUGGCUCCUCUGGUGUCAUUAUGCUACUUGUUGUGCCUUGUGCUCAUCUCGGCGUGAAACCCAUUCGUCGCCUCAAAGCAGCGACUGCAAAGUCCAUUUCACCCCCUGGGCAAGAGGAUGGGUCCGAAGAAUACGAGGAAGACUUGAAUCAAGAACAAGGCAGCACGAUACAGGGCCUCUCAGAGAAAGCUGGAUUCUUCUCAACACUUAUGGGCAAGAUACGACAUCGCAAGAAAAAUAAGUCCGAGUCUGAGGCAGAUUCGUAUCGACGCGGCUUCAAAAUUCCGGGUCGCGUCGAGGUAUCAAGACGAUAUAUUACAGAUGAGCUUACUGAGCUUACUGAUACAUUCAACGAAAUGGGUGAUGAGUUGCUCAAGUCAUAUACUUCCUUGGAUGAAAAGGUUGCCGAUCGUACCCGUCAGCUAGAAAUCAGCAAACGGGCCGCUGAAGCUGCUAACGAAAGCAAAACAUUAUUUAUCGCCAACAUUUCGCACGAACUCAAGACUCCGCUCAAUGGCAUCAUGGGCAUGUGUGCCAUUCUAAUGGAAGAAGAUGAUGUCAUGCGCAUCAAACAUUCCCUCAAGACUGUCUACAGAUCGGGCGACUUGCUCUUACAUCUUUUGGAAGAUCUUCUCAACUUCUCCAAGAAUCAAAUUGGCCAGCAAGUCAACCUAGAAGAAAAGGAGUUUCGACUUGGGGACUUCAAGUCACAAAUGUUGUCCAUUUUCGACAAGCAAGUCCGUGAGAACAAGGUCAACUUUUCCGUAUCUUUCAUGGGUCCCGAAUCCGAGCUUUCGGGGGAGAUGAAGGAAAUUAUUAACCAGUGGAAAUUGCCAGCCCUUGGCCCCAGCGGAACUGGUCGCAUCAAGGACAUGUAUCUCUGGGGCGACCAGCACCGAAUCCUGCAAGUUCUAAUCAACUUGGUGAGCAAUAGUCUUAAAUUCACACCUGUGGGUGGGAAGAUUAUGCUUAGGAUCCGAUGCGUUGGUGAAGUGGAUCAAUCAAACGAUGGAAGUAGGACUUCCUCGCUGUCUCGAACCGGUUCAAUCAGAAUGGGGCGUACAAGGCAUCGAAACUCCUCAACCAUUCAGUCGACAAAUUCCAUCGGCACUAAUACCUCGGAUACAAAGGUCAACAGCGGUACUGCUCUCGCGAUCAACCCAAUGGAUCCCAAGGCCACUCCCUACGUCCGCAUUCGAGAACGCUCACCAACGCCUCCUCCUCCCAAUGCAAAGCCCUACAUGUUUGAAUUUGAAGUCGAAGAUACCGGCCCCGGUAUCCCAGCCCAUAUGCAAGAGAAGAUUUUUGAGCCUUUUGUACAAGGCGAUCUCGGUCUUAGUAAGAAACACGCCGGUACAGGUUUGGGUCUCAGUAUUUGCGCCCAGCUCGCAAGUCUCAUGGGCGGAAGCAUUGCGAUCGAAAGCGAAGAAGGCAAGGGAUCCAUGUUUACAAUGCAAAUCCCUCUCAAAUACGUGAAAGAUCGAGCGCCAAGCACGGCCUCGGAGGGCGCCAAUUCCCGCCGAUCGAGCCUCGGAUCUCUUGCCAAUCUCAGCAAGGCUAUCAGCGCGCCAUCCUCUUCAGAGCCCCAUCCAUCUCCAUCAUCGGAAUCGCUACACGACAAAGUACCUCGUCUCAUUGGUCUCAGUGCGCCAUUUUUCGCCGCCAAUCGAAAAGAACCUUUGGCGCGCUCAUCCAGCCAUUGCAGCCUGCGUGUUCUGGUCGCGGAUGACAAUUCAACCAACAUUGAGGUUGUCAGCCGCAUGCUGAAGCUGGAAGACAUUAGCGACGUCACUGUAGCCCGCGACGGAAAGGAAGCUUACGAUCUUGUCAAAGAAAACAUGGAGCAGAACCAACCGUUUGACGUCAUCUUUAUGGACGUCCAGAUGCCCAACUUGGAUGGUCUGGAGUCGACCCGCCUUAUCCGCGAUAUCGGCUACAGUGCUCCGAUCGUCGCGCUUACUGCUUUUUCGGAUGAGAGCAAUAUCAAGGAAUGCCUGGAGUCCGGCAUGAACGAGUUUCUCAGCAAACCCAUCCGCCGGCCGGCUCUGAAGCAGGUCCUUGAAAAGUUUGGUACGAUUCCUGAGGAAGAAGCCGAGAAUGGCGUCACAAUGAAGGAAACGACGACAAAUGGGCAUACUGUCACAGAAAAGACCACAAAACCCGCUGCAGAUGGCCUUCUGCAAAGCGAAUCCUCAGCCACCCUAACCGAGAAAACGGCCAAGGCCAAGGCGUAGAUCUCCAAGGCGAGACCGCCACUCUUCACAUCACAUGUUGCAACACAUUUGGUUGCUAUCCCCGACGGUAAAUGACGUCUCUAUUUUGUAUAUUUCUCGAACCACCAUCUCUUAUAUUAUUGAAACAAGCUGGUUGUCCAUCCGUUUGU